ACGUUGCUCGGCCAAUUCGUUUUCAGCUUUUCAAGCAGCAGGUUGCAAUUUUUUUCUUGUUCUGUCUUGCAUAAAUCCCACGUUAUAUGUUAAUUGUUGUCUAAUUUAUAACCAAUUUGUGUUUUAUGUGCUUGGCGGAGCAUCCGCUUCAGUCCAUCCAGUGUGCGUCAGAGCCGUGUUUAAACGCCAAAAAGGCGACAAUGAUGAUCGCCGGGCGGCAGGAAUUCAACAUAACCUCCCAGACACGCGCUUCACUUGAGCGAAAAGGCAAAUCAUCACAAAAUGGAUGCCAAUCUGGGCUGCUGUGGUGGCAUGUGGCAGCACUGUUGCUCCUCAUUUGCUGUUCGUUUUGCUCCGCCACGUCGGGAUCAGAGGACACGCGGUGCGAUGCAGGACAAUUCCAGUGCGGAGACGGCGGCUGCAUCUUACAGGCGAAGAUGUGCGACGGACGCGGAGACUGCAAGGAUGGCUCAGAUGAAUUACACUGCGACUACCGACUGUGUCGGCCGCCACAUUGGUUCCCGUGUGCCCAGCCACACGGUGCCUGCCUGGCAGCUGAACUAAUGUGCAACGGCAUCGAUAACUGUCCCGGCGGCGAGGAUGAGCGCAACUGCCCAGGCCUCUCGGGCUUCCGAUUUGGUGAUUUUGUCCAGAAGCCCAAAAACUGCACGGAUCAGGAGUUCAUGUGCCAGGAUGAUCGCUCCUGCAUUCCCAUUGAUUUCAUGUGCAAUGCCAGAGCCGACUGUUUGGAUCGUUCGGACGAGUUGGCUGGUUGCAAGCAGGCGGAGGCCACCUGCUCCUCCAGCGAGGGCCAUCUGUGCGCAAAUGGACGCUGCUUAAGGCGAAAGCAAUGGGUAUGCGAUGGCGUUGACGAUUGCGGAGAUGGCAGCGAUGAAAAAGGAUGCGUGAACCUCUGCCAGCCUGAGAUGGGUAAAUUCCUGUGCCAAAACCAUGAACAAUGCCUCCUGCUAAGCGAAGUCUGCGAUGGCCACCAGGACUGUACCGAUGGCAGCGAUGAGUCGGACAACUGCCACUCUAAGCAGGAUUGCAAAAUCAAAAAAUGUGCACCCGGUGCCACCUGCCACAUGAUGCCCACCGUCGGGGCCGAGUGCCACUGCCCAACCGGUUUCAGGCUAGCCAAAUUUGCAGACAAGUGCGAGGACAUUGACGAGUGUCAGGAGCGUAAGGAUCUGUGUAGCCAGGGAUGCGAGAACACCUCUGGAGGUUACCGAUGCAUUUGUGAUCCGGGUUAUCACUUGCUGGCCCAUGACAAUCGCACCUGUCGCGCCUCUAAAAAGGGACACGGCUCCGCUGAUGAUCAGCCACUGCUUCUGUACACCACACAGAUGACGGUGAUGGGGAUGCACCUCCAAGAGGACAACAUACGGAAUCAUGUCUACCAGGUGGCCGGUAAUCUCAGCAAAGUUAUAGGCGUGGCCUACGAUGGCAGUCACAUUUACUGGACAAACAUCCAAAACGAAGCCGAGAGCAUUGUCAAGGCCAAGAACGAUGGCUCGCACUCGGAGAUUCUGCUGACCUCCGGUCUGGAUGCACCCGAAGACCUGGCUGUGGAUUGGCUCACCCAAAACAUUUACUUUUCGGACAACAUAAUGCGCCACAUAGCCGUGUGCUCCAACGAUGGCAUGAACUGUGCCGUGCUGGUCACCCAGGAUGUGCACCAGCCCCGAUCCCUAGCCCUUUGGCCACAGCGUGGCCUCAUGUUCUGGACGGAUUGGGGAGCCAAGCCCAUGAUAGGACGCGCCUCCAUGGAUGGCAGUCGAUCGCGAUCGAUUGUGAGCGAUAAUAUCCACUGGCCGAAUGGCAUAGCUCUGGACAUGCAUCAGCAGAGGAUCUACUGGGUGGACGCCAAGCUGGGCAGUGUGCAGACCGUCCGUCCCGAUGGCAGUGACCGGCGCACAGUGCUGGAUGGGAUGCUCAAGCAUCCCUAUGGCCUGGCCAUAUUCGAGGAUCAACUUUACUGGUCGGACUGGGCCACCAAGAGUAUCCAUGCGUGCCACAAGUUCUCCGGGAAGGAUCACCGUGUCCUGGCCCGGGAUCGCACCAUUUAUGCUGUGCACAUUUACCAUCCAGCCAAGCAGCCGGAGGAUACCAACCAUGGCUGCCGCACAGCCAGAUGCUCGCAUUUGUGCCUCCUGGCUGAACCCGAGUCUGGUGGUCAUAGCUGCGCCUGUCCCGACGGCAUGCGACUGGCCCCAGAUCAGCAGCGGUGCAUGUUGACGGAGAAACGCCAGCGGCUGUUUGUGGGUCUUCGCCAGGUGCUCCUGGAGAUUGAGCACACGACCUUUGGACGCCAUGUGGUGAGCAAGUCGCACACGUUGCCCUGCUCCAUAGACGAGAUGGUCUACAAUAGGAUCAAUGGCAGCCUGUUUAUAGCGGAUAAUGACCAGAGAUUGAUUUUGGAAUACCAACCGGAUGCCAGGGAGACCACCAUUCUGGUUCGUGCCAAUCUGGGCAAUGUGAGCGCCUUGGCCUUUGACCAUCUCAGCAGGAAUCUCUACUGGGCCGAUGCCGAGCGGGGCGUGGUGGAGUUGCUCUCCCUACAGACCCAGCACCGAGCUUUGAUACGCUUCUUCCCAGGCCAGGAGUGGCCCAUAGGACUUGGGGUAAUGCCCAACGAAGGCUACCUCUAUGUGGUCCUCAAGGCCAGGAGGCAUACCCACAUAGAUCGAAUCCCCUUGAGCGGCAAGGGUGACCAGGUGCAUGUCUUUGAGGAUGACCUAGGGGAUGAUGACAUCAAACUGGCGGCGGAUCAAGAAACGCACAGUAUAUUCUGGUCGGACAGUGACCUUGGGAGGAUCACCCACUCGGAUUACAGGCAGCCGCACGCCCAGACCUUCCGCGGCAAGUUGCGGCGACCCUAUAGCCUGGCUCUGGUCCAGCAGGAUCUGUUCUGGAGCGAACUGGGUUCCUCGGCUAUUUUCUGGACGCACAAGAGCAACGUGGGUCCCAGGAAGAGGAUUGAUAUCGAGGCCAAAGGUGAUCCCGAUGCCAUUAUGCCUUUUGUGCCUAUGGCACCGCCACGAAGGAUUCCUUUGGCUGGCAGCUCGCCUGGCAGUCGGGAGUCUCAUCCCUGCCAGCAGCAGAAUGGCGGCUGCUCGCACAUCUGCGUGGGCGAGGGUCCCAUCCAUGUGAUAUGCCUGUGCCCGGCGGGUUUUGUGUACCGGGAUGCAGGCAAUCGCACCUGCAUGGAGGCCUUGGACUGUGAGUUCCGCUGCGGCAGUGGUGAGUGCCUGACCAUGGCCCAUCGUUGCAAUGGCCACCGGGAUUGUGUGGAUAACUCGGAUGAGUUGAGCUGCGACAAGGAGCACAGCAGGAAGCCCAAGGUGAUGUGCUCGCCCAGGCAAUUUGCCUGCCACAGCAGGGAUCAAUGUGUGGACAUGGAGCGACGCUGUGACAGCAUCAAGGACUGCCAGGAUCACAGCGACGAGGAGCACUGCGAGAAGUAUGACAAAUCCAAGAUGUGCCAUGCCCACCAGCAUGCCUGCGACAAUGGCAAGUGCGUGGACUCCAGCCUGCUGUGCGAUGGAACCAACGAUUGCGGCGACAAUUCGGAUGAGUUGGAGUGCAAAAAACCCGCCUCUUGUGAUCCAGAGAUGUUCCAGUGCAGCAGUGGCUCCUGCAUAGCGGGCAGUUGGGAAUGCGAUGGCCGGAUAGACUGCAGCGAUGCCUCCGACGAGCACGACAAAUGCGGCCAGCGUACGUGUCCCCCGGACAUGCAUCGCUGCCUCCUGGGCCAGUGUCUGGAUCGUAGCCUGGUCUGCGAUGGACACAAUGACUGUGGCGAUAGAUCCGAUGAACUGCACUGCACUCCAGAGUCAACGAAAAAGAAUAUAUCCUGUGGCCAAGAUGAGUUUAAAUGUUCCGGAAAUAAGUGCAUUCCCGCUUCAGCUAGAUGCAAUGGCACCGCCGAGUGUGCCCGCGGCGAAGACGAAGCAGACUGUGGGGAGAUGUGUAGCAUUUCGGAGUUCCAGUGCCGCUCCGGGAGGCAGUGCAUCCGCCAGGAAUUCCGCUGCGAUGGCGAAAGGGACUGCCUCGAUGGCAGCGAUGAACUAAGCUGCGAGGAGCAGAAAAAGCACAACCAAACCCAGUCGGCAAGGCGUGCCUGUCGUCCGCAUCUCUUUGACUGUCAGGAUGGCGAAUGCGUGGACAUGUCGCGGGUGUGCAACAAUUUCCCCGACUGCACCAAUGGCCAGGAUGAGGGACCACUGUGUGCCACAGCCUGCCGACCCACAGAUGGUCGCCAGUUAUGCCAGCACAAGUGCCGGGCCACGCCCGCCGGUGCCAUGUGCUCCUGUCGCGAUGGCUAUCGCUUGGACACGGACAAAUCCAGCUGCGUGGAUGUGGAUGAGUGCCAGCAGGAGCAGCAGCAGCCAUGCGCCCAGCUCUGUGAGAAUACCCUGGGCGGCUAUCAGUGUCAAUGCCAUGCUGACUUUAUGCUGCGCCAGGACAGGGUGAGCUGCAAGAGCCUCCAGUCAGGCGCCGCCAUACUCUUUGGCAGCUUCAACCAGGUGAGGAACCUAAGCGAACAUCCCGUAAUGCUCACCCUGGCUUGGUCGGCCAACGAUUCAAGGAUAUCAGGCUUUGAUGUGGAUGUCCAACGGCAAAUGGGUUACUUUUCUGCCGAGGAGGAGGAUGUUAUCUACCAAAUCGAUCUCCAGAAGAAGCUGGUAACCCGGGCCUUGACCCUGCCCAGACCCUCGAAGCUUUCGGUGGAUUGGGCCACCGGCAAUGUGUAUGUGGUGUCUGCCCAGAAGGAGAUCCAAGCCUGCAGCUUUGAGGCUCGCAUGUGUGGCCGGAUUGUGCUGGCCAAGAAUCACAAGCAUCUCAAGCAUCUGGCUGUGGAUGGUUAUCAUGGAAGGAUCUUCUACAUAGCCAUACGCACGGAGGGUUUUGGUCACUCCACCUCGGAGCUGCACAUGGCCCGGCUGGACGGCAGUCGCCGGGAGAUGAUCUUGCAGCGCAGCGACAGUUACCUGACUGCCCUAACCACAGAUCCCCACCAGCAGCAGCUGUACUUUGUGGAUUUGCACCGGCGAACGCUGGAGAGGAUUGCCUAUCGAUUCAAGGCGUCCUCGUUAGGAACCCAAAGGCGUUCGGAAAUAAUCCUACAAAAAUCCAAUGCCCUCAUCCAACCUUCCGGUUUGAGUGUCUUUGAGAACAAUGCUUACAUCAUCAACCUGGGGGCCAAGGAGGCGCAGCAGUGCGCCUUGUACGGGUCAAGAAUCUGCCGGAACAUUAAUCUGAAUGUGAUGAAUGCCGAGGACAUUGUGGUGGCUGCCGCAUCCCGACAGCCCCAGCCGGCGGCUCAUCCUUGCAUGCAUGCCCAUUGCCAGGGACUGUGCCUGCAGGCGGACUUUGGGUACGAGUGCAUGUGCGGUCAUCGUCUGGUGGCCGAGGGCGAACUGUGUCCCCAUGGUUCAGGCAAUGAGGUGGCCAUUGGAUCAGCCAACAGUUUGGAGCUGGAGCAGCAGCAAUCAGGCAGCCACUGGCUAAUGCUGCUGUUUGUUUUCACUGCUGGUUUGCUGGGCACAGGAUUGGGAUACAUGUACUACAACUACCGGAAGAGGGGUCACAAGGAUCUCAAUAUAAACCUGCAUUUCCAGAAUCCACUGGCGACACUCGGCGGUGGCGGUGGAGGCGGAGACGGUGGCUCCUCGUCCACCAAAGCCUUUCUGGAGCAGGAACAACGGGAGGAGACGUCCAGCGACAGGGCCAACGCCUCAUCGAUGCAAUUUGGUGUGCCGACUGCUCUCCAGCGAUUGCUACGCACCCGCCAGGUGUCCAACGAUCCGAUGGCUACCGAAUUGCUGCUCGAAAGCCCCAGAGCAAGCAGCAACCUACAGUCGUUGGCCAACGGACUACAGGCGCCGCACAUCGUGGUGGCAGACCUGGACAUUGGUUCCGCAUGCGGACAGCUCCGACGUAACGGCAACGAUGAUGAGCAUGCACGACUUGUGUCGUAAAUAGUUAUACUGUCAUUAAUCAGUGUAUAUAUUUAGUCAAUUGUAUUUAUUAUCCAAGCUCCUUUGAGUGUCCUCCAUGUAAACCGAAAGCCGUAAAUAAUAUAGAAAGAAACUAAGAGUA